AUGUUUAAGAAUUCUGAUAUGUCCUUAGAAGAAAGUAUUGAGAGAUGCCCAAUGGGAAUUUCAAGAGAACAAUGGGCUUCUUUUUUGGAGUACAUAUUUGAGAAAAGAACAAUGGAAAUUGCUGAAAAGAAUACUGCCAAUAGGGCAAAGCUAACAAUUCCUCACACUUUAGGCUCAAAGUCUAUUGCAAGAAGAAAAAGAGAGCUGGAAAUUGAAAAAGGUAGACCUAUCAGUAGAGCGGAAUUUUAUGCCUAUUCGCAUCUGAAAAAAGAUGGUACAUUUGUGAAUGAAGAGGCUCUGCAGAAAAAUGAUUUGUUAUUAGCUGCACAAAAUUAUGGAACUUUAUCCAAAGAAGAAGCUUACGUCCAGGUGUUUGGGAAGGAGCACCCUGGACGUGUACGGGGUAUGGGAUUUGGGCCUCAAGAUUUGGGCUCUCUCAAUGGAUUCAGGCCAUCCUCUUCUGCUAGCCAUGUACCAAAUGCACAAGGACCUGAACUUCAAGGACACCCAUUUCCUCCAUAG